AUGUCGAGUUCGGAAACUACCAUUGCGGGAUCAUCGACAUCAACGCCAACGCCACCGCCAUCGCCACCAGCGAAAAAAGUCAACGAGUUUGAGGAUGGGCGACAGAAGCCUGCAUACACAUGGAAGCAGAGCUGGAGCGACUACUUCAAACAAGCGUGGAAAUAUAGCGACGCCGAAGUUGAACAAAGGCUUCUUUCGCAACUUUCUUUCUUCCCCGAGCCUAAUGGGAAACGGCUGGGUCAUGUGAUCAACACCCCGAUAGGCGAUGGCAAUUUCAUCCAUGAAUUUUACAUCGAGAACAAAGAGACAGACGUCAGCAGCAAGAGCGCGACGCAGUGUAAGGAAAUCGUCUUAAUCCACGGCUACGCUGCAUCGUUGGGGUUGUUCAUUGACAAUUUCGACGAGUUGAGCAAGAUCCCAGGGGUCAAGAUCCACGCCAUCGAUUUAUUGGGGUUUGGAAUGAGCGCAAGGCCCAAGUUCCCCCUGCUCCCGAGCUCCAACAAGGAGGAGAUUUACAAAGUCGAGGAUUGGUUUAUUGACCUGUUGGAGACUUGGCGCAAGAAACGAGGCAUUGACAAGUUUGUCUUGAUGGGCCACUCGUUCGGGGGUUACUUGUCGUGUGCAUACGUGUUGAAACAUAAGGGAGAAGCCGUGGAUAAAUUGGUGCUCAUUAGCCCCGUGGGUGUUGAAAGAAGCAAGUUUUCGUUAUUGGACGACAAGACCAACGAGCCGCGAGUUUCGCUCGAGCAGGAGUUCUUGGCGGACCAAGAAGACAUUGUGCAUGGUAAAGGCCAGCUGGUGAGCCACAGCGGUAGUGAUCAAAAGGAGGGUGGUGGCGACGUCGUCGUCGAUGAGAACAAGAACCCUCCACCAAAGUCAACGUCGAGAAAACUCGUGGAUUACAUGUGGGAAAAGAAUUACCUGCCCUUUUCCUUAAUUAGAAACUCGGGGGUUGCCAAAUCGAAACUCAUCUCGAGAUGGACGACCCACAGGUUCGCCCAUACUUAUUACCAGAACCCCGAGCAUUUUCAAAACAUGCACGAUUAUAUUUAUAGAGUCUUUAAUGGCGCUGGAUCGGGAGAGUACGCGAUCACCAGAGUGUUGGCCGUGGGUGCUUUGGCCAAGUUGCCAUUAUUGGAUAGGUGCCCGCAGAAAUUUGUCGACAUGAAACUACCCUCACUUUGGCUAUACGGUGAUAAGGACUGGAUGAAUGAGAAAGCUGGCGAGGAGGCAACCAGGGAGAUUAACAAGCUAUCGCAAAAGAAAUAUCACACACCGCUCGCACAGUUUCAGAUUUUAAAAAACGCAGGACAUCACUUGUAUUUGGACAACCCUCCAGAUUUUGCCAGGAUCAUCUUUAAGUUCUUGGGUUAUAAAUAA